AUGAACUAUUACAACCAGAAAAUCAUAAACAGGGGAAAUAACCGAAAUGAUAAUGACGACUCUAAUUUCGGGACCAACGAAAGCAACCUAAAUAAUCCAGGAAGCGUUACAAACCCGUUUGUAAGUAAAAAAAUUUAUGAAGGUGGUUAUAACAAGCCAAGCAACAAUGUGAUUCCGAGUGCCCCCUUUGAAAAUAAUUUCUACCAAAGUAGUGCGGCACCAAAAGGUAUCAACUUUGCACAGAAUAGCGGAGGAGGAAGUGGCAGCUACAAUCACAAUAGCGUGGUGACGAGCCCAUUUAACAACCCGCCAAGUACCAACCACGAUGUGGACACAAGCGGGGAAUCCUUUUUUGGAAGCUUUAUCUCAGCAAAUAAAAAUAAAUUAAAAGAAAAUGAGCAUAAACGAGUAGAGGAUGAAGAGGAGGAGGAAGAAGAACUACCCUUACUCGAAGAAUUAGGAAUCAAUUUUGACUUAAUUUCGAAAAGGAUGAAAUCUGUUUUUAUGUUUUACAAAAUCGAUGACACGUUGUUCGAAAAUUCAGAUUUAUCCGGGCCGCUAAUCAUUGUCCUCGCGCUGGGGUUCAUACUGCUGCUGGCCGGAAAAGCCUCCUUCAGUUACAUCUACCUGAUCGGAAUUGUCAGCAGCCUGAGCAUAUAUCUGCUUCUUAACAUGAUGAGCCAGAGUCUGACGCUGGACCUGUACCGCACGAUAAGCAUGCUGGGCUACGCACUGCUUCCGCUGGUCAUUUUGUCCUUCAUUUCAAUAAUUAUCAAUUUGAGGUAA